AUUUAUUUGUAAAGUAAACCCCAAUGAAUAACGAAACGUAUAUGUACACACCGUGCUAUUCGAAUUCCGAGCGACUCGUACAGCUCGGUCAAAGUACACAAUACACCUUUGCAGGUGUUGUUUAUUUCAUUGACCUUACCCACAAAAGUGUAAAUCCAAACAAACUCUCAUACUCGAGUAGACCUGUGUUAUGCACAUACGAGGCAUUUGGCGAAACAAUUGCUCGCUAUAUUAGUUUGGUUUUAUCCGUGGUACCUAUCAAGUGAUCGAUUCAACAUGAGCGCCAACUUGCAAAAGGCAAAUUUUGAGUUUAAAGCCUUGCUUGGCCAAGGAAGCUUUGGGCAGGUUUAUCUGGUGAAACGUCUCAGAGACGGUAAAGAGUUUGUCAUCAAGCAGCAAGAGAAAACCGUCAACAGUGAACUGAUAACCAAGAUGACAACGUCCGAAGUUCAGUGUUUGCAAGUACUUCGUCAUCCCAACAUUGUUUCGUACUACGGGGCCUGGCAGGAGUCCGAUAAUUUUUACAUUCUACUCGAGUACGCUCCUCGUGGCACGUUGAAAGAUCUCUUGAACCAGAGAACUGAACCGCUUACGGAAAAAGACUCGCUUUAUCUAUUUGCCCAAGUCGUUCUGGGUGUGCACCAUAUUCAUUCGAAAAAUAUAUUGCAUCGUGAUUUGAAACCCGAAAACAUCAUGCUUACCGGGCGUAUGGGCGACAUCGUUAAAAUCGGCGACUUUGGCCUGUCGAGAGAAUUACAGGGAUACGACAACAAGAGUCACGCAGGGUCAUACUAUUACAUAUCUCCUGAAAUGUUAAAAAGGGAGCCGUACGAUUUUAAAAGCGACAUUUGGAGCAUGGGAAUCAUCUUUUACGAGAUGCUGUCCAAAGAACUUGCCUUCCCGGCCAAGGACAUAACGGAAAUAACGGACAUGAUAUGCAAGGAGGAGCAGAAAAGAUUAUUCACAAAAGUUGAAGUAUCCGUCGAAACCGAAAUCAUCGUUUACAAGAUGCUGCUGCGAGAUCCUGAUAAGAGACCUUCGACGAGAAACUUGCUCCUGAAUCCAAGUAUGGUAAGGUACAUCGCAAAGGUUUAUUUGAAUUUGGGACGAGCCUACGCGGUCCCGCCCGAAGAGCUCAGCGUCCAAAUGUUUCUACCGUACAUCAAACCUCCGUUUCAAAAAACGUAGGGCAAGUCGUUUUUUCCUAUAUUUCUGAUUUUUUUCGUAAUUUAAUUUAUUCUACUUAAAGUAAACGAAAACACACACGUAUACCGAGUGAGAGGAGUUACGAGUAAUAAAUAAAAAAUAUACGUAUAUUUCUCAUGAUGAGUUCAAGCGAAUCAUCAAUAAAUUACAAUUUUCGUGAUAAUAAUUAAGUAUUAUAGGUACAAACAAUAAUUUUAUGUUAUAAUAUAAUCUCAAGAAUUCAAUUGCAUGUGAGAUAAGUGUGUA